AAUAAUUUUUCAAAAAUUCCUGGAGCUUUGGAUUUCUCCGGCACUCCGAGCAGCAGCAACCCGGGAAUAGCGCCUCUUCUCCGUGUUAGGAGUUUACUUUUUCGUCGGUCCGGAAUCGGACCCCCCUCUCUCACGGAGGAUGUUGUCCGCCCUGCAGCUGUCGGAGGCCGGCCUCCCGUCGCCCCUCUCCCCGCUGGAGGGGUACCUCUCCCGGCUGGAGGAGCUCCACUCGCUGCUGCAGAACGCGGCCGCUGGAGGCUCACUGCUGGCGGCUUCAGUAGCUCAGGGAGCCGGGGAGCAGAGCGCGGAGCUCCGGGAGCACGGAGACUGUCUGACAGACCUGGAGCUCCUCCCCUCGUACAGCGGGCGCUUCUCAUUCGAGCCCGCCAGCUUGUGGGCGGAGCCUCUGCUCAGCCUCAUCACCGGAUUGGUCAGUGUGACUCCUCCUCCUCCUCACCCUCGUCAUCAUCAUCAUCAUCAUCAUCAUCCUCAUCAUCAUCGCUGUUGCCUCCUGAGCCAAUCAGCUGUGGAGGAGACUCUUCUGUCUUCUCCCAUUCGACAACGAGGUACACAAUGACGCCCCCCUCUGAUUCGCUGGUGUUCCCAUCACAAGCCCCGCCCCUUUCCUACCCCGGCGUCCAGAAAGCCAACAAGAAGUGCAGGACUUCGCCGAAACAUCGCCCGUUUUCCUGCCCGUCCGCCGGCUGCGAGCGCUGUUUCUCGCGCAGUGACGAGUUGACGCGUCACCUGCGUAUCCACACGGGUCAGCGUCCGUUCAGCUGCCGCUUCUGCAGCCGCAGCUUCUCCCGCAGCGAUCACAUGACCACGCACGUGCGCACGCACACCGGAGAGAAACCCUUCAGAUGCAGCGAAUGCGGACGCAGCUUCGCCCGCAGCGACGAGCGCAAACGACACCUCAAGAUACACCAGAAGCAGCGGGAUCGAACCGGCACAACCAACGCAGACGCCGUAUCAUUGUCCCCCACGGACGCUCCUGCGCCGGGCUUUUUAUAGCGCUUUUCCCAUGGAUGUAUAAUAAGAACUGGAUACAGCAGAGCGGACUGAAGGACUCGUGUAAAGACAAACAAAAUGACGUCACAGCAGCUGCAGUACCACGUUCGGCCACUAGGAUCUACUAUGGCUUGGAUUUUGUAAAGACACUUUAAUAAGCAAACUAAAGAUAGUAUUUAGUCCCAGAAGCUGUUUGGACGCUACGGACCUGCUGUGGCUAGGGGGGAUCGGGCUUCUGACCUCAGACUGAAGGUUAACCAGGAACAUUGAAAAAUAAACUGUAUUUGUUGUUCCCGCAGUGACCACAGGGGGCGCAGUUUCUGAAGAAAGACUUGUGUAAAGACACUUGAAUAAUCAAAAUAAAGGUAGUAUUUUUGGGCCAAAUUGACGUCACAGAAGCUGCAGUACCACCAUUUGGCCUCUAGGAUGUUUCUGUGGCUUAGGGGGUCUUGGACUUCUGACCUCAGACUGAAAUUUAACCAAAAACUUUGAAAGAUAAACGUUUAUUUCAGCAUUGUUUGUUCACGGAGGUUCAGUUUGAGCCUCGCCAGCCUCCGUACCUGAGGGUCCUCCCGUAGCAGAGCCUGUACCUGAGGGUCCUCCCGUAGCAGAGCCUGUACCUGAGGGUCCUCCCGUAGCAGAGCCUGUACCUGAGGCUGAUCUCUAUCCACCUGCUUCCCCUCUAACACAAAGAGAAUACAAUGUCAAAUAUACUGACGCUGUUUUCAUGGUCAUUUAUUAUCGAGAGGAAACUGUUUACUCUUUGCUUUAAUACAAAAUAAAAGUUUCUAAAAAAUA